AUGGGUGGGCUCAUGGGUGAGGAUACCUUUCCCGACGCACACUGCGAGGAGCGGUGCUUGAACGCGGCGCUGCCGUAUUAUGCCAAGAAUAUGCAAUUCGACAAUCUCUUCUACUUCACCUCCGUCCCGCAGGUGGGGCUAGCCAACCGGAUGGCCGGCUUGGCUGUCGGUGCCACGGUCGGUGGCGGAUCUACCGUCAACGGAAUGGCGUGGGAUAGAGGCUCAAAGGCCGACUACGAUGCCUGGGAAGAGUUGGGGAACCCCGAGCUUGUGGACAAGUAUAAUUACGCCCUCAGCGAUGAUGGCUUCGGAGAUGGGCCGGUCCAAGAAGCAGGAAUCCAUAUUCGAACCGACGGUGGAACCAAUGGCGUGAAUGUGGGUUUCCACUGGAACCCCUCCGACAUCGACCCCGUCAACGGGACACGAGUCUCGUCGAGGAAGGCGUACUGGGACCCGGCGAGUGACCGGCCGAACCUCUCCAUCAUCGUCAACACUUUUGUGGCGACGGUCGGAUUCGAAAACGCAACGGCCAGCGGCGUGAACAUCGUGAGCCGCGCCUCGGGAGAAACUGUUUUCGUCCCCGCCCAGGCCGAGGUGAUUCUCGCAGCGGGGUCGGCCCAUACACCACAGAUUCUGCAACUCAGCGGAGUCGGGCCCCGCGACCUUUUGGAGGAGUUGGAAAUCGAGCAGGUCGUUGACCUUCCUGGCGUGGGGUCGAAUUUUCAGGACCACCUCUCCAUAUCCACGGCUUGGCGAUUCGUAAACGACACCGAACUAAACCCGACUGCGCUCAACGACGAAGAUUUCCUGGAUGCGGCCUUUGACGAAUAUUGGGAAAACAAAACGGGCCCGAUUACCCACACCGGAAAGCACUGCCGCGUCAUGCUUUCCCUCGGCAACCUGACCGACGCUGUCUCGGACAUCGUGGCCGAGCUGGAAGAAGAAGACCCCACCCAGUACCUCGGCGAAGUCUACCUGGCCAGCGAAGAGCUCAUGGCCGGGUACAAGGCCCAGCACGCCAUCCUCAGCCGAAUCGUAGGCAGCGACGAAGUCUCCGUGUUCGAGCACACGUUUGGGGGCGGCGCCGACAUGAGUUUCCAUCCCCAGAAGCCCUUCUCGCGCGGCACGAUCCGCAUCGCGAGCACGGAUCCGCACCCCGCCGACUCUCCGCCGCAGAUAGACUUCCGAGCCAUGACGCACCCGCUCGACAUGAAGAUUGCUCUGCUGGGCUUGAAGUUUGGUCGGAGCAUCAUGAACGGAGACGCCAUGAGCGGGCUGGGAACGCGGGACGUUUCCCCUGGGGCCGACAUCACCGACGACGCCGAGCUGGAGCAGCUUCUCCGCAGUAGGACCAUCUCUCCCAGUAACGCGCACCCGGUUGGGACCACGGCGAUGAUGCCGCGGGAGCUGGGUGGUGUGGUGGACCCGACGCUCAAGGUAUACGGGGUCGAGCGUCUGAGGGUGGUGGACGCGGGCGUGUUUCCUCUUCUGCCGACGUGCCAUACGCAAGCCACCACGUAUGCUGUGGCUGAGAAGGCGGCGGAUUUGAUUAAGGAAGAUAAAGCGAAAUAUCUGCGAUGA